AUGCAGGCGGUCAGGGAACGAAGAGCGGGCGCGGUGUCUGCGCGGCGCGGCCGGCUGUCGCCGUCGUUCCGGUGCCCGGCGGCCGGGCUGUUCGCGGCGCCCGGCGACUGCUCGUCGUUCGUGCGGUGCGCACCCCCGCGCCGUGCGGCCGCCGACCCGCAGCUGCAGCUGCAGGCGGUGCAGUUCUGGUGCGCGCCCGGCGCCGCCUUCGACCCCGCCGCCGCCGCCUGCGUCUACGGCAGGGCCUGCCCCACGCCCGUCGCCGCGGCGCUGCGGUCGGACUCCGACGCCGAGAAUGAGGUGGACCCCGGCAGGCCGGCCGCCGGCACGGAAGCCGCCGGGUGCUCCUCCGAGGGCUUCUUUGCCAGGAGCGACAGCUGCACCAAGUUCUACCGCUGCGUCUCCUCUGGCGACGGCUUCGCCAGGUACGACUUCGAGUGCGGAGAGGGCGCGGUGUUCGACCCGGCGACGGGCGUGUGCAACCACGCGUGGGCCACGGGCCGCUCCGAGUGCGGCGGCUCGCAGGCGGACGACGCGUCGCAGCUGGGAGGAGGAGCAGACGGGGAACAAGGAGCACCAGAGUCUCAGGAAGGCAACGAGGUGGCCGCUGGGAGCGAACCACAGGGUCAGCCGCAGCCGCAGCCGCAGCCGCAACCCGACACUCCGCCCGGAGCCGCGGAGGACGCACAGGCGCAGCCGGGGCAGGACAGCUCCACCGCCGUCGGACACCCGCAAGGUGAGGGCUCGGCGGACUGCCCGUCUGAGGGCUUCCACGCCGUGCCUGGCGACUGCACCAAGUUCGUGCGCUGCGUGCAGGGCGACGGCCGCAGCCUGCUGCGCUACGAGUUCUCCUGCGGCCCCGGCACCGUCUGGGACCCCGACGCCGGCGUCUGCAACCACGCCUGGGCCGUCGCCAGGAGCGAGUGCCGCGCUGCAGGGAGCCAGCAAACGACUAUGACGACGUCCUCCUCCUCAUCUUCAUCAUCGUCCAGCAGUAUGAGCAGCAGCAGCAGCAGUGAGCAGAUGUCGAGCAGCAACCAGACCACAGCGACCACCGAUUCCGGAGGCUCCACGACGAGCAGCACUUCCAGUUCUUCCAGCAACUCCAGCAGCAGUUCCCAGCAACAGUCUAGCUCGUCGCAGUCGUCUAGCAGCAACAUGACCAGCACUACCAUCACCACCUCAGGUAGCCAGACAGCCACCACAGCCGCUGCCGGUAACCAGGAGUCUACAUCCUCCUCAUCUGGUAGUCAGAACCAACAAUCGACCACUUCAUCGCAAAGUGGAAGCCAACAGUCUUCCUCUGGCAGUCAAAAUCAGCAGACCACAUCUUCUUCGGGCAGCGAACAGCAAUCGACCACGUCAUCUAUGACUGGGAGUCAGCAGACGUCUUCAGGUGGCCAGAACCAGCAGGGCACUAGUUCGUCAGAAAGUCAGAAUCAGCAGACCACUAGUUCAUCAGGAAGCGAGAAUCAGCAAUCUACAAGCUCCUCAGGCAGUGAACAGACCUCGUCUUCGUCGACAACAUCUUCAGAAAAUCAGCAGUCCACUUCUUCAGGAAGCGAAAACCAGCAAAUAUCGUCAUCUAGCAGUCAGAAUCAACAAGGGACUUCGUCAUCUGGAUCCCAACAGACUACAUCAUCUUCAUCUGAAAGCGGUCAGUCCGGAUCGUCAUCUGGGAGUGACAGUCAGCAGUCAUCGUCGUCAGGCAGCCAACAACAGACAGGAUCGUCCUCUGGCAGCGAGCAAACAGGGUCGUCAUCUGGCGGCGGAGAGCAACAGCAGACGUCAGGAGGAGCAACUCAACCGAUGACGCCAGCCACGUCGACCACUGCCAAGCCAGAAGGAAGCGGCGGAAGUGGCGGUAGCGGGGGUAGUGGUGGCAGUGGACAAUGCUCUUCCGAAGGAUUCCACCCAGUUCCUGGUGACUGUAAGAAAUUCAUACGAUGCGUAGAUAAUGGGCAGGGUGGUUUCACAAGGUACGAAUUCACGUGCGCUGAGGGAACUGUGUGGGAUCCUGCCACUACAGCUUGCAACCACCCUUGGGCCACGCAAGGUGAGUGUGGGACAGGAGGCGCAUCCCAACCGUCUGGAGACGGAGAUACAGGCGGCAGUGGACCUACUGGUGAACAAAGCAGUUCUACAGCUUCACCUGAGGACGGAAGCUCAUCACCAGAUGGUGGAUCGACAACUGGAGGUCCACCAGCAACUGAUGGCUCAUCGACCACACCAGGAGCUGGCGACAGCGCGCCUUCGCCGCCAGGCGCUCCUGAAGGUGGUUCGACACCACCUGCUGGAUCUGGAGAAGGAGGACCAGCAGAAGGUUCAACAACUCCAGCUGGUACUGGAGAUGGCAGUCCGAGCAGCGAAGGAGGUCAAACUCCAGGAUCUGAUGGAGACGGAGGACAAUCACCAGGGCCUGAUGGGGAUGGAGGCCAAUCACCAGUGCCUGAUGGGAACGGAGGCCAAUCACCGGGGCCUGAUGGGGAUGGAGGUCAGUCACCAGGACCUGAUGGAGAAGGGGGUCAGUCUCCAGGAACAGAUGGUACUGGCACAGAUGCGUCGUCAACAGCUUCACCUGAUAUGAGUUCCAUUUCGCCAGGAGAAACUGAUGGCUCUUCUACACCUGCAGGGACUGAUGGCGAAACUUCUUCCCAACCUACCGAUUCAGGUGAAGCUUCAUCACCACAGCCAGAAUCCGAAAACACUUCUCCGUCCACUGAUGGAGGUCAAAGUCCGCCGUCGCAGGGAGGGGACGGAAGCGAUCAAACUGCACCAGAUUCAGGAGACAACACUUCGUCAGGACCUGAGGGAUCGGGAGAAGCAAGUACCGCGACACCGACCGAAACAGCAGGAGGUACUCCAGGACAGGGUGGUGACGGCACCAGUACUUCAGGUACCGGGGAAACGAGCGAACCACCGGCAGAGGCGACGAAGCCAUCCGGCGACGGCACUAAUACCUCAAGCACGGCGCCCUGCAACACGACGCCGAAACCACAAGACAUUAAGUGUACGGAGGCCGGAUACUUCCCGCAUCCUACGGACUGUCGCAAGUUCUAUCGUUGCGUCGACUGGGAUGGAAACAAAGGCGAGCGCUUCUCCGUGUAUCACUUCGAGUGUGGUGAAGGAACCAUCUUCGAUCCGAGCUUGAGUGUUUGCAACCACGCAGACUCAGUAUAUCCGCCAAGGGACUGUUCCGGUGGAGGCGGCGGUGGUGGUGAUGGAGGAAGCGAGACACCGGCUGCUGAAACCUCAACACCAGCUGCUGGCAGUAGCAGCCCUCCGCCGGGAGAAACGACUGGUACUGCAGAGGGUACUUCAGAAGCACCGGGAACCACGGGUUCUGAGGAAUCUAGUACCACUCCCGGAGCAACUGAAGGCGGUACUCCAGAAACCACAGGCACAGAUGGAUCGACGACUCCUGCCGGCGAAACGACAAACACAGACGGCGGUUCGACACAACCUGAAGAAACUGGAGGCACCGCGCCCGAGCAAUCGACGACACCAGGAGAGACCACGGGAACCGACGAAGCAGGCACUACGACGCCCGCAACGGCAGCCACCGAUGCUCCUCCGACUGAUCAGACUUCCACGGUGAGCACCGGCUCGACUGAUACCGAAGGAACAUCUCCUGGCGGUGAAACUACAAGCACUCCCGAGGGAUCGACGGGUGGCGAAACUUCUAACCCUCCUACGGAUACGACUAGCGGAGGAGAAACAACGGACGGAACAGAGACUUCUACUCCCACCACAGGGGCGGAGGAAACCUCGACGCCUGGCGGAACAACCGGGACGGCAGAGACUUCGACGCCCGGUGAGACGACGAGCACCGGAGACUCUUCGACGAGCGGUCCGGACGGAACGGAGGCCACGGAAUCGCCAACGUCCGGAACGACAGAAGCGCCUUCAGGAGGCUCUGGCGGCCAGCAGGGAUCGUGCCCAGGUCCGCUGAAACCCGGCCAGGCACUGCUCGUCUGCCCCACCGCUUUCCGGCAGCAUCCCACCCGCUGCGGCCUCUUCUAUCAGUGCACAGUCUCGCAAGACUGGCGCGACGUGAGCAUCCAGGUGUUCGCCUGCGGAAACGGCACCGAAUACGACGAGAAUGAAAUCCAGUGCUUGCCGCCAAAGGAACCACGCGCCUGUGAAAUGUCGGAUGCGAGGACGACUUUCCAGCAGGUCCCCGCGGGCGUGGCGCUGUGUCCGACGGAGGGCCCGCAGCCGAUGCCCGGCGACUGCCACACAUUCCUGCGCUGCUCUCGCGACGACGGUGGCCGCCUGGCGGCGCGCGCGUCGCGCUGCCCCCAGGGCUACGGCUUCUGGCCCGUGUCGCGGCGCUGCGAGCGGCCCUACAAGAUCCCCUCCUGCCCCUACGGCGAGUACUCCUCCGACGAGCCGCCCCCAGGCUCCGCACCCAUCGAGACGUCCAACCUGGGCUCCGCACGAAGUCUGAAGCUGCUUUAAAUGCCCGGACGCGUGAUCCACAAUUUUCCGCAGUCAUGAAGACUUCGGCAGGGACUUCAGAAAUUUCCUGCCUAUCUGACGCCUAGAUCAACAGUUUAUACUAACAUUUAUGAACGAAACACAAAACUGAUGAAUUAUUCUUCGCUUUAGAACUAACCGAAAACGUUCUAUAUCGUGCUUCAAAAAGAGACUACGUACGUAUUCUCAAAUUACAUCCGAGGCAUUAACAUGAACGAAACGACCAUGUCUAAUGGCCGCUGACAGUGUUUAGUGGUUGACAGCAGAGAUACUUAUUUAGGCAACAUUGUGACUUUACACCACUGAAGUAGUAAGUCAUUUUUCGACAGAACAUGAUGUCAACGGUACUGCGCAGUACAGCUGCUGGGAACUAUAUGUCUGAACAAUGUAUGAUAUAGAUACGUUGAUUGGCUUAAUGACUGAAAUGUACCAAUUAUCGUUUUGUAAAGUUAUGGUCACUGUAGGUCAGUAACAGAUUGAAAAGUGUAGGGUCAUAAACGGUCAGUUAGCGGUUAUUCAGGAUCAGUUUCAUAACUCGUUACUGUGGUGGUGCGGACGUAAGGACGCGGGUGGUGUUGCGAUGCGCCGUAGGAAGUGACGUUCCAGGCUGUAGCGUCAUUCCGUCGCGCAUAUACCUGUAUCGUGCGCCUCUGUGUCCAUGUAAAACAUUUAGUGUCCAUUUUUCGUAUUACUUUGGGCCUAGAGAGAGUGAUUAGCGACUGUAGUGUUCAUUAGGGGUGCCGUAAAGCAGACACUCCAAGUGUUGUGCUGACAGGCGACAGCUGUUGUUUUCCAAGCAUUAAAUUCUUCUAGAGAGCAUCAGAAUCAUAAACUAAGGCCCAACGUGGCGCUUUCCCCAGCGUUCAGUUACUAUAGCAGGCAACGCCGCGGAUCACACUCACAACUCGGCAAAGUAUCCUUCUUCCCUCUUGGAGCACAACGCACCACGCAGUCAUCAUCUUACUUGCACACCAUAUAGUGUAGGAGGAUCAACUCGUUCCCCCUGAGAGUUGCAGAGUCUCUACUUGAAAAUUGUGACGAAUGUUACAUAUCACAAACGCAUAGUGAAUUGUCUUUGCGAUUAAGUUUGUGCGCACGCCGUGUAGUCGGCUGCGCUUGCAGCAGCCCCGUUAUGUUGGUUGCCUAGCUUCAGGAUACGUCAUCCGUGCCCUCCGGAGACAUAUAUGUCAAAAAAUCUUAUCUCAGUUACCUCUGAGAUUACUUGCCUACUGGUGUGAGCAACAUAGCUCUCAAGUACACAUACUACAUCACAUUAGUUAUUCCGCGAAACAAGAGAAACUCACAAUCGCUGAUAAGGAAUAUAAACAGAUAUCACACUUGUUGCCAUGCGUGUGAAUCAGCAGACAUUUUCUUCAAGAGUCUGCAGUGUAAAACUUCCAAAAAAUGUUGCAAAAGUACCGUUAAUUUCAGAAGAUCUGACUUCAGAAACGUCUUGACUGUUCCGGUAGUCCGAACGUACAAAGUAGCAUCGCUAGCUGACUAGUUGUCAUUGAAAUAGUUCAUCAGUUUGAAGCGAGAAUCGCGUGUCUGAAAUUUAUCACACAGUACCCUGAGUGAUACGAGCUUACGGACCGCGUCUUUAUACAUUUAUUACAAAAAACAUUAGUUUUAAAUCUAACUAAAGAUGUCUGUAUCUGAAACUCCUUUCGGAUGCAGUUAUUGCUCAGGUGUCCAACGCAGUGCGACGGUGUUGAAUUAAUGUACGGUGUCGGGGAGGUGGUGGUUCCUAACUUCUACCAUUGGCGCUUGGGCGAGCCCGGAACAAGUUUACCGCGGUUGGCGUGUGUCGACACGUGGUCUGUUUCCACAAACAGGGCAGUCGCGAGAGGCCGCGGAGGGCUCGCCUUACCGCCAUGUUAUUUCUGUAGCCGAGAAAAGAGUCUACAGCGUCAGAAACGAAUUCCCUUUUUUCUUAUCUCUUUCACGCCUAUCCGUACGUUACUGAUGAUCUUACAGUGUUGGAACUAAGUCAAGUUGCCGCAUUUUAUUGUUGCACUACAGAGGCACACACAUCUUAACAUUACAUAUUGGUAACAUUAACGUGUUCUCGACCAAAAAUACGUCCAUACAAGUUUAUACAAUGUGUAGAGUACUUGUUCUGAACCACGCACGGAUCGUUACGAAUUUUCAUGGCGUUUCGUGGAAGCGUAUACCUUCUGCCCCUGGCAGGAUGAUUUUCAGUUUCCUGGGAAGACGCGCAUGAGUCUUCUCGGCUACGGAGUCGUAUGGCCUCAUUGCUUUUUAUUUAUUUAUUUGUUCUGCACCAGCAGUCAGACCAGACGACAAUAUGAAAUGUGUUUUUACAAAUAUGUACGCCAGCUUUAAUAGUUAUUACUGACAUAGUUUUAAGAGUCAAAUGUCACUGACGUGAUUUCAUUGCGUAGUCAAGAAACAUCAGAUGAAGUUCCAUUAUUUUUUAUGAUGGAUAAGUGAUUAUAGUUUCAUGGGCAGCAUUAUGAAGCUGCUACAGCCAACAAAAUAGGUUGUAAAUAUAUGUCUUCUUGUAAAUAACUACUGAAAUAAAGAUUUUUUUAUAUGUA